UAGAGCAUUCGAUUGCAUUCGAUUAAAAAUGAAUGAUCGUUAUUUUUUAACCUCCAUCGCAAGACGUUUGAUGGAUUUGAUUAAUAUGUUUUAUGAUUUAUAGCCUGUCAGAAAAUGAUGAAAUGUGCCGUGAAAUGAGAACAAGAACCUUAAGAUUUAAGGAGAUACUUACGUUACUGGCUGCACUUGUGCAUGCCAGGUGUUUGAGCCUUUUCUACCUACCAUGACAAUUCCCAAUAAUAUUUCACCGCCUAUGCUACGGAUACCUGUACGCUGUAUCCGUGUUCUUUUACUCUACACUCAUUCUUUCAUACGAACAAAGCUGGAAGAAGCCGAAGGAAUUUCUUUUAAAGCAGGGUCAUCCGCAAAUAAUCCUCUUCUUCGUAAAAUUCGUAUUUAAUAAUUUAUUUAAAUUAUUACACUUGUAUCAUAUAAUAAUAGUAGUUUCAAACAUGGUAAUCCUUAGAAGAUUAAAAAUUUUAAUUACAUCGAGAGUGAAACGAAAGAAACUGAUCGAUUAUGCGAGCACAGUAGUACGAGUCAACGAUCGAUGAAUCGUACGCUUUGCGAUCCUUCCGGCUCUCAUACUGUGCAUGUAAAAUCUAAAAUAUAAAAUUAAUUGACCCCUGUAGGGACCCUAUAUAUCCCCAAUGUAUUCGCAAAUAUUAUUAUAUAAUCACACAUCCACAUUUCAAUAUUUAUAUCGGAUUUAAAAACAGAAAGAAAUCGGAUCCGACUCAACCAAACUUUUUGGACUAUCAGGUCUUAGAACUUUGCAAUUUUCGAUUCAGCUACCCUUUAUUUAGCUCAAGUGAGAUAUGCUUUAGAAUUAAAUAAAAAGUAAUAAGUACGUGAUUUACAAAACCAAAUCUAAACUUGCGUCAUUGACAGAUAGUACAUACUUUUUAAUUUUUAAGUAUUUAUAUAGAGAAAAUGCUGAUAUCUUGUUAUCAGCUAUAUUAUCACCAUAUGUUAUCGACUUGUAGUUUCUCCUGUUAAAUUCCAGAACAAUGCAGUAAUAUUCGUCCUCUCCUUUGCGUACGUAUUCUCGUUAAAAAUACUGAAUAAUUUUACUAUUAUUUAUCGAUAUAAUUAUAUUGCUUCGAUCAUUGAAAAUCCAUUUGAAUUUAUUUUAUUAGUCUUCCAUGUCGGCUGACAAUCUGUAUACACAAUAUUCGUUCUAUAGCUAUUCUAUAUAAUAUUCACCCUGAUAUAGUAAAUCGUGAUAUAUUUCAAAAAUUAAAAUACACACAGAAAUUUAGUGAAGAUAAGAGUCUAACAUUUUUGUCAAGAUCAUGUAAGAAAAAAUUUCAUAGAAUGUUAAUGUUUUAUACAACGUGUCAAAACAAGAUCCUGAAACAGAACUCUGCGCGCGCUUGAUUUGCGACCUUGCUAUAUCUUAGAGACUAUGCACAGUAUAGCAAUUACGAAUGAAUAUAGAAACCGUGAUGGAAAAAGGAAUUGUUUACAUUUUGAUAUGGCGGCGUUAUAUUACUUAGAAAACUUUGACAGCAGCUUUUUUGGAUAUAACACUAUACAUAUUUUAUCGAAAUUUUUAUCAUGCAAUAUGAUAUGAGAAAAUAGCAGUAGGGUUUUUUGUGGUUAGGUACAUUACAAUUUAUGAUCUUUGGUGUAAAAUUUAUGGCAUAUAGUUAAUGAUGUGUCAAGAUUAUGUAAUCUCAUAGGAUAAUACGAUUUUUUAUAGCUAUUAAAUUACAUUAGUGCAUCUGCCGCCGUCGCGAAGGAAGGUUAAUUGCUUACGUGUCACGUUGAGCACUCACUAAUUCUUUCUGUAGUCUAGUUUUAAAAGAAAAGCACAAUAAUUGUAGAUUAAUACAUUAAAGAUAACAAUUAGAACCACAGAAAUACAAUGGCAAGUGAAACCUGGAAUGUAAUGGUGACGGGGGGUGCUGGGUACAUUGGUUCUCAUACAGUAUUGGAACUAGUACAAGCUGGUUUUGAGGUGGUGGUAAUAGACAACCUUAGUAAUGCUUAUAAAGGAGAUAAUGAUGCAAAACCUGAAUGCUUACUGAGAGUAGAAAAGUUAAUAAACAAACAAAUUACAUUCAUUCCCUGUGAUAUUACAAAUAUCAAUGACCUGAGAAAUGUAUUUAAAAAGCACAAAUUUCACUGCAUUUUACACUUUGCUGCUUUGAAAGCUGUGGGUGAAUCUUGUGAGAAACCUUUAGAGUACUAUAAAACGAAUGUUUGUGGAACAUUGAAUUUAUUAAAAGUUAUGAGAGAAUAUAAUGUAACACGCUUCAUUUAUUCAAGUAGUGCUACAGUUUAUGGUACCCCAGAAAAACUUCCUUUAGCUGAAAAUAUGAAAACUGGUCAAUGUACAAAUCCUUAUGGAAAGACAAAAUACAUGGUUGAAGAAAUCUUAAAAGAUUUAUGCACUUCAGAUGAGGCUUGGUCUGUUAUAUCAUUAAGAUAUUUUAAUCCAGUUGGGGCUCAUCCUUCUGGGCUGAUAGGUGAAGACCCUAAUGGAAUUCCAAAUAAUUUAAUGCCAUACAUUGCUCAAGUAUCUGUUGGAAAAAGAGAAGUAUUAUAUAUUUAUGGUAAUGAUUAUGAUACUCCUGAUGGAACAGGUGUUCGUGACUAUAUUCAUAUUACAGAUUUGGCUACUGGCCAUGUAAAAGCAAUGAUUUACCAAAAGCUUAAAAAUCCCACAGGAUUUAAAGCAAUUAAUUUAGGUACUGGCAAAGGUUAUUCUGUACUUGAAGUUGUACAGGCCUUUGAAAAAGCUUCUGGACAAAAAAUCCCAUACAAAAUAGUCAAUCGUAGACCUGGAGAUGUAUCUGCUAGCUAUGCAGAUCCUAGUUUAGCCAAUAAAGAAUUAGGAUGGCAAGCUACGAAAAAUAUAGAUGACAUGUGUCUAGAUACAUGGAAAUGGCAACAGAAUAAUCCAAAUGGUUAUAAACGUUAUUAAUAAUAAUUGUUAAAACAUUUUAUAGUUGGAAAUUUUUAAGCAUUUAAAAGAAGCAUUUAUUUUAUUUUUAAUUAUAUUAUACAUAAGCCAUGGGUGGUAUCUGGUUACCAAAGUUUAGACCAAAAAUACAAUUUCUUUUAUACUAAUGAGCUAAUUUUAAGGUUAACUGUUACUUCUGUGUAACGUCACUUAUGAAAAGUAUUACUCUUGUAUUUAAUUGCAAUAAGUAAUUCCAUAUGUAAAUGUAUACAUAUAAGCAUUUGUUCUUAAGCAAUAUAAUGCCAUAUAAUGUUAUGUUCCUACAAUUGUACAAAUUACCUCAUGUUAAUAAAUAAGAAAGUAUUGAA